AUUUGAGAAUGAAUAACGAUGUAGAAAAUUUGCAAACCGUGGAAACAGAAAUCGAAGAAUCUCAAAAUGAUAAAGAAAAAGUUCUUUCAGAAGAUAGUGUGAUAUGUCCCAGCGGAACGGAUUGUUCGGAAAGUAGUACUGAAGACAGCAUUUCUAAUAACGAUUCAGAAAGUAGUAUUACUGAAAAACUACGAGAAACUAUCGCAUAUCAGCAAAAUGUGAUAGAACAGAAUUCUGUUAAAUACAAAUCUCUCGAACGAGAUUAUUCAGAAUUAAAACAAACAUUCAAAGAUUUGGAAAUGAAACUCGAUCUCGCUGUAAAGAAGAAAAAUGCGGCUAUCAAAGAAAAAGAAGCGGUAGUGGUACGAUAUGCAGUAUCCGAAAAAAACGUACUGAAAGAAAAACAACAAAAAGAAAUAGCAGAAAAAAAACUUUGCGACGCUUUACGAGAAACAGAUAUUUUACAACACAAAGUACAAACGAUGGUAUCAGAAAAAAGUAGGAUAUGUCAAUUGUUAGAUAACAAGAUUUACGAUAAUAAAAUCCUACAGCAAGAAUUAGAACAGAAAAAAUCGGACUUUGCGAUAUUGGAAAGUAAAUUAAAAUGGGCCCAAACAAAUUUGAAAACGGAAUUAGAUAUUCAUAAAGAAACUCAAGCGAAAUUAGAAAAUAUGACUUCUAAAUACCAAGAGGCUGUUGGUAUAAUAGAUCAAGUAAAACGAGAAGCCGAGGAACAAGUGAAAACUUAUCGUAAUUCUGAGGAAAAUAGAGCGCAUUUAUUGGAUAGGCAAGUUCAAGAACAACAAGCUUCUUUAAUUCUCUUAAAACAUGAAAAAAAAGAUAAAGAAGAACAAAUCUCAAUACUACAAAAACAAUUGGAAAAAUUACAAACGAAACAAAAGGAGAUGCUACAAGAAAACAAUCACCUAUCACUCAAAGUCCAACAACUAGAAAAAGACAGAUCAGAAAAUGAAUUGAAGUUGAGCGAAUUGAGGGGCUGCGCAGAUCAACAACGACAAGACGUGGUAGACCUACAAACCAAAUCAGUGCAAUUGGAACAAUUGAAACUCCAGUUGAAACAAGAACAGGAACAAUUAGCAGCUAGUAACGAACAGAUGAGUUUAUUAAAACAAAGGAAUCAAGAGUUGGAGGGUGAUAUGGAAACUUGCAGAGCUAGAGAAGCGGAAUUAUUGUUGUUCACUCAACAAUUAACGGAUAAAAACGUAAGAUUGCAAUCGGAAUUUACUUCCCUGGAAACGAGAGUACAACAACUAUCUUGCGAACAGACGUUACUAAAAAGACAAUUUAAAGAACAGGAAACUAAAGCGGCGAUGUGCUCGGCUAAAUUAAUAGAAGAAAAGCGAAAUUACAAAGAAUUGGUCGAGAAAUUAACAGAAAAAUCGAAAAUUUGCGAACAAUUAAAACAAGAAGCCGUAGAUCAAAAAUCUGAAAAUAUUUUAAUAAAACGAAAAUACGAUAUGUCGUUGAGAGAAGUGAAUAGAGAAUUACAGCAUUAUCAUAAAAAAUUGGAGAAAUUCGAAGAUUUGGAAAAAACUAGUAACAGCAGUUCGAAUUCUUCUUUAAACGAUAAUCAUACGAUCGAUCAACAAACUCUCAUAGAACAUAUAGUGAAGUUGCAGAAAAUCAGCGCUAAGAAAUCGGAAAAAAUCGAUUUUUUGGAAGAGCAUGUCAAUAAUUUGGUUAUUGAAUUGCAAAAGAAGUCGAAGCUGCUUCAAAGUUACGUUAUGAGAGAACAAAAGUCUUCGAAUAAAAGGGACAGUAUUAAAGUUAAAUAAAUUAAAUAUUCCUAUUUAAACAUUGAUCUUUUCAUUCGUUGUGACUGAAUAUAUUUAUCGUUAAACCAUUUAAU